AUGUCUGAUACGAGUGAUCUAGACCGUCAAAUUGAGCAGCUGAAAAGAUGCGAGAUCAUAAUGGAGUCCGAGGUUAAAGCACUUUGUGCCAAGGCCCGCGAAAUUCUUGUCGAAGAGAGCAAUGUUCAGCGGGUAGAUUCUCCUGUCACGGUGUGUGGUGACAUUCAUGGUCAAUUCUAUGAUCUGAAAGAACUGUUUAAAGUGGGUGGAGAUGUUCCUGAGACCAAUUAUUUAUUUAUGGGUGACUUUGUAGACAGAGGAUUCUAUUCUGUGGAGACAUUCUUAUUACUACUUGCUUUAAAGGUUCGUUACCCAGACCGCAUCACACUAAUCAGAGGCAACCAUGAGUCGAGGCAGAUCACUCAGGUGUAUGGCUUCUAUGAUGAAUGUCUUAGGAAAUAUGGAUCUAUCACUGUCUGGAGGUAUUGCACGGAGAUUUUUGACUACCUCUCACUGUCAGCCAUCAUUGAUGGGAGAAUAUUCUGUGUACAUGGUGGAUUGAGUCCCUCAAUACAGACCCUUGACCAAAUCCGCACCAUUGACCGCAAGCAAGAGGUGCCCCAUGAUGGACCAAUGUGUGACCUGCUGUGGAGCGAUCCUGAAGAUACCCAAGGCUGGGGGGUAUCUCCUCGUGGUGCUGGGUAUCUGUUUGGUUCAGAUGUCGUCGCUCAGUUCAACGUAUCCAAUGACAUUGACAUGAUCUGCCGUGCACAUCAACUUGUAAUGGAAGGCUAUAAGUGGCACUUCAAUGAGACUGUGCUUACUGUCUGGUCUGCUCCUAAUUAUUGUUACAGAUGUGGAAAUGUGGCAGCAAUAUUAGAAUUGAACGAAAAUCUUCAGCGAGAGUUUACGAUAUUCGAGGCCGCGCCUCAAGAGUCUCGAGGUGUGCCCUCGAAGAAGCCGCAAGCCGACUAUUUCUUAUAA